AUGCCCCAUGCCUCUUACGACUCGGCCCUCAAGCCUCUUUUUGGUGGGCUCAUUCUGAGGCUGGUCGGAAUGCUCAAGCCGGCCGGCUUUGUCGGAUUGACGAGGCUGGUAUCGAGGCUCGGUACCCACGGCCGGGGCGAAUUUCGAGACAGCAAGUGCAGUCGAGCGGCAAUUCAAUUUGUCGUCGAGUCGCCCACUCCGCCCAAACCCAAUGCAUACCAUUUAGAUUCCACUGCACAGGCCAGCCGGACGACACGAAUGAACAGAUUGACCGACAUGAUCUGUGCGUCGGGUGGUACCGAGAAAGUCGUCUUUGGCGACUAUUUGCAGGAGGAAAUGGACUGUGAAAAACGGCGAGAACACGAGGAUAGACUGGCCGGUUGUCGUGCCACAUAA